CACACACACACACUCUCUCUCUCAUACACACACGCACACACACUCUCUCUCUGUCUCUUACACACACGCGCGCGCACGCACACAGACAUACACACACAGUGCAGUGUAUCGCUGCCUGCCCACGACGUAUGAUGACUGUGUGUUUUCGCUCUGAAUCCGAACCGAAGGAAGACGACCGCCUCACAAGGUUACUGGAAGACACACACGUACAGUAACACACACACACACGCUAUCUCUCUCUUUAACACACACAGCUUCUCACGUUCCUGCGCGCGCCUUCCAACGUGCUGCUGCUUUUUGACGCCCAGCUGUCUCUCCUUAGCUGAGCUCGCGCAGCCCCGGUGUCACUGUGCAUACUAAUGAGCGGAGGGGGAGACGGAGCGAGGGAAGAGGAGAGAGAGAGAGAGAGAGAGAGAGAGGGAGAGAGAGAGAGAGGAACCGAGAGGAGCACGGGAACAUAGGAGUGCUCGAGCCUCGGAAAUCCUCCGCGCGCAUCACAUGGGCUCAGCUGCUGCGCGAGCUGUGGCUGCUGUGUAGCUGAGCGUCAGUGCUGGGAUGUUGAACUGCUGCUGCGCUACAGGAGGAGGAUGGCUCGCUGUUCUGCGCGGGAUUUGAGCUGACUGCACGGCGCUGCGCCUCGGCCGGAGAGGGGGAAUGCUGCAUUUAUAGCCUGUAGCUACGAGGCUAUGAGGCUGUUGCAUUGAUUGAUUUGUGCCCUUCUUUUUUAAGCCAGCUUCAAUUUUACUAUUAUUGUUUUAUUUUUUGUAUUUUUUUUUCCUGGUCGUCUUUGUUGUGGGAGAUGAUGAGCGGAUGGUCGAGCAUGUUCUUCGUGGUAAAAGAGAGCGAGCACGGAUAAAAUAUAUAAAUAUAUAUUUAAAAAAAACAAAGAGCGAGUGAAUCGAAUCGUCGACUCAUCGACUGAUGCUUUUGUUCGAGCGGAGUACAACAAUAAUCGAAGGAUCAACAGCUCAACAACACCAACAUCAGCGACAACAACAGCAGGCUAAUCUCCAGCCCAGCGCAGCCUCGUAAUAAUAAUAAUCAUCGUCACCACCACCAGCAGUAGCAAGCAGUACUACUGCUGCUGCAGUCAACGCUGGAUCGCCCGCCUUUGCGCUCAUUGUGCGGAUUGUACUACGCAGGGCGAGACCACGCUACUGGUACUGCUGCUGUUUCUGCUGCUGCGCUCCGGAGGCGUGUGGUGGGUGUGCGUGCGCCGUUCCCCGUCCUCCGUUUCAUCCUCUCGUGCUUAGAAAAAGCGGACAGCAUCCCCGCCGGUGACCGUGCCGCUCUCCUCCACUGCGCCAGCAUGGAGCGACCGCAGCGCCGGAGAUAAUGAUGACGCACUCGGCCGCGGCGCUCCGCUCCCAAAACAAGGGCUCCAGCGCGCGAACAUGGCGACUUGAGGCGGGGGGCGACAACAUGAUCGCGGUCGAUCUGGACAUCGACGGAGAAGCUCCGAGGAGACCCGCGCUGCACACACGGAGGAGAGACCACCGCGCAUUCCGCUGACCAGCAGAGAGAGAGAGAGAGAGCGAGAGAAAGAGAGCGACAGAGAGAGGAGGCAGGUUCUCACCAGCCCCAGUGCGGCCCUGGGGAAGGAGAAAGAGAAAAAGAAGUAGAGGAUAGAAAAAGACAGAUAGAGAGAGUGAGAGAGGAGGGAGGUAGGCCCUAGGGAAAGAUAGAGAAAGAAAGAAAAAAAGAUAGAAUAGGGAGAAGGAGAUAGAGGCCCUGGGGAAGGAGAAAAAGAAACAGAUACACACAAACCCCCACAAAAAAGAUAGAGAUAGAUAAAUAGAGAGUAGGGCAAAGAGAAAGAGAGAGAGAGAGGGCAUGGUUUCGUGGAAGAGGAGAGGAGAAGAGGAGGAAGCGGGGUGAGCUCCGGAGAGCCGCGCGCGAGGGGAAGAAGAAUAUGAGUGGCCUAAUCCGUGCCAGCGCGCUGUACCAGAACCGGAAUAGUUGAUCUAUCUGAUCUGCUCGACGCAAAAAAAAAAAAAGAAAAGAGAGAGAGAGAGAGAGAGAGAGAGAGAGGAAGAGAAAGAGUGUUUGUGUGUUUGAUUGUGUGUUUGAUUGUGUGUGUGUUUAAGUGUGUGUGUGAGUGAGAGGAAAACGAGAGAGAGAGACAGCUUUCCAAAAUACCAAUAACAGGCCUAUACCACCACUAUCAACACAUAAACACUUCAACGCGGAUCCAACUGCUAACUAAAUAACGCCCACCCAACCCCAAGUCAAUGAAUAUUGCGACCACCAAGGAUCCGCCGCGGUGGAGUGGGCCAGCGCUGCGCUUUCCUAAAAUAUGACCAGCGGCGCUCGGACGUGUCGGCAGCAAGAUGACGAUGAUGACGACGGCUUGAAAACUUGGUGGUGGUGGUGCGCGCCCCGCGAGCAGCGCCCGGCUAAGCCCUCGCUCAGCGCCUCGGAAAGGGCCCACAGAUGGCGACUGUCCCUCGCCUGCCUACUCCUCUCCCUCGCCGUGCUGCUCUCUGACCGCCUGUGGCUGCGCGCCGAGGCCGCGCUGCUCUCCGCGGGCGCCGCUGAGCGCCACUGGCCGGUGCGGCCGCUGGCCUCGUGCCGCCCGGACAGCGUGUCCAAGCGCUGCUUCGCGGCGGAGGAGGACUCGGCGGCUGCGGUGUGCUCGGGCCUGUCCGGCGCCGAGUGGAACCUCAGCGACCUGUACCUGUCCUUCUGCGACUCCUACUCUUUCCUGGAUCUGUUCCACGGCCUGCGCGCGCCGCUCAACGCCAGCAGCUGCGGCCUUGCCAUGGUGGCGGUCAGCGACGGCGGCGGCGGUGGUGAAGGUGGUGGCGGGGAUGGCGUGGACGGCUGCGUGGACUGCGUGCGCGCGUACCAGCAACUGGACCAGCUGGCACGCGAGGCGUACGAGGAGUUCGAGCUGCUGGUGCGGAAAUACGAAACGGAUGCAUAUUCGGUGCGGACAUGCAUGGACGAGUGCACGACUGUCUACAAACACUGGCUGUGUUCCCAGUACUUCCAGACCACGCAGAUGCACUGCAGCAACAGGAUCCCAUGCACGCAGUACUGCCUGGAGGUCCAACAGAGGUGUCCUUUCAUAUUGCCUGACAACGACGAGCUCAUAUAUGGUGGAAGCCCUAGUUUUAUAUGCACAGGGCUCCUAGAGGACACCCCUUCGGACGCAGAUGCAGAGUGCUGUGAUGUUCGAUGGGACAGCAAGCCAGACAACAGCUCCAAAGGGACUCUCAAAAGAACUCACCCGUCAUGCCAGCACGGGACAUCCCUGACCUCGUCAGCAGCCUCCAGACUGUGCAACAGCAGGCUCAAACUCUGCCUGCUGGUCCUAGUCCUGCUCCAUACUGUCGCCACAAUCACAGCCUCCCACAACCUCACCACCAUCUCCUCCCUGGAGGAGAACUCCACCAACGAGGAGGGAUGAGGCGGCUGCUCACGGCAGGCAGGCAGGCAGCCAGCCGAGCGCCCCGGCGCGCAGUCCGGCGGAAGCAAUGGACCUUGGACCGACCGCAGUGCUUUCUGGGACUCGCCAGUGCAGGGCGGGAUAUGAUAUCGUGGACACGCAAUCGACCAACCAAGCAAAGCAAACAAACAGACGCUAAAGGACACUGGACAAAAGUGGACAGACUUAAUCCAAUGUCAAGAACAAGGGACAACAUUACAGCCUUUGUUGAAAGAGGCCACUCUAGGGGGCGGAGUUCUCUCGCACCAUAUUUUUUACACUGUGUCUAUGGUUUAGAUUUCUGUUGCACUAGAUGACUACAGGAUCUAUUCAUGUUCUCCUUUUCUUUUCAUUACUGGUCUUUGUGCAGGACGGAGCGGGACACGUGGUGAAAGGAUUACACGUAAAAAGUACAGGGGCGAAGAAUGCAAAGAAUGCGAAAAAUGCAAAGAAUGCGAAAGAGUGUGUGCAUGUGCGUGUGUGCGUGCGCAUGCGUGCGUGCUUGAAUUUCUGUGUCCACCGAUGUUUUGGGUUUUUUUAUAUACAUAAUCAUAGUACUAUCUAUUGAAUGCUGCUCUGUCCAUCGCAAGGAUUUACUAUGGAGCCUCUAAAGUGGUUUGAAAAGGUCGAAAUUUAGCUACAAAUCUACCUAAAUUGAAUGUCCAAAUCCUCAGCUGAAGCCCAGGUUCAUUGAUUCUCCCUUACUAAAGUUGACUGUGCAGACAGUUGUUCCGUUGCCGUUUUGAUGUUGCUGGCGCAGCAGGUCGGGAGCUUCUUCCGAGCCCCGAGUCGUCUGCGUGCAAAAUACCGAAAGUGCAACGUCAUUCGCGGGGCGUUGAAAUGUUUGUGCUUGGGAAAAUACUGCAUUUGUAAAGCUGAUAUCUCUGGAAUUGCUUUCACCGCCGAGGUGAAGGUUUCUUCUUCUACUUUUUUUUUUAUUAUUAUUUGUAUGUUCACCUAACCUGCACAAAAACAAAAGUUUUGGGUUUUUUGUUUCUUUCUGCCCCUGAUAGUAUAUUUAUAUAGACAUAUUCUCUCUUAUAUUCUAUAACUGCAUGUUCUUAUCAAUGUUUAGACGAAACAGCCUAAAUUUUCUGAAUUAACCCGAAUGAUCUGAGGAUAUCACGUUCAUAGCGCAGCAACAACAACACGUUUGACGCAGAGGUCUCAGCUGAAAAAAAAAAACAACAAAAAAAAACUAACCUAAAUAAAAAAAAUCGACUCCUGUUUUUAUUGUUUGGAUUGCAGACGCAGACUUAGCCGGAAAGAACAUUAAAAAGACGACGAGCAAACCCGAAAAGCCAAACCUUACCCCGACCCUACCCUACCCAUCCCAAUUCCUUUCAACUGCUGUUCCCAAAUAUCCACCAUAUCUUCUACUGCAGUAAAGGGCUUUUUCAUUGUUUACAUGUACACACAUUCACACACUUCUGCAGUGCAUGCUUGUAGAGAUUAAGACAGCUUGGACAGCUCGGUUACAUAGACAAUAUUAUAGACACACACACACACACACACACACACACAACAAACACACAAAAAACAAACCCCAUUUGUUGCUGCAGAGAACCGACGAGACGAUCAACCACACAAUCACGCAGCUCCAUAUGGACAGGGCCUUUUUGAACGACCCAAAGAUAUGAGAGCUUAAUUUUUUUCGUUUAAGUUAGACUGAGCAGGAGAGGAGAUGCUAAGGGCUGAACUUGUUUAGUUGUCUUUUUAUUAUUUGUUUGUUUGUUUACUGUAUUAUAUUUUCAUUUGUUCGUAUCUACAGGUGUAUAACCUGUCACAGGAUGAGCUGUACUGACACUAAAAGUGACCCAGAGACACAAAAAACUAAAGAAAGAAAGAAGGAAAGAAAGAAAGAGAGAAGGAAAAUGUGUCUGCCAUGUGUUUAGAGGUAUGUUUUGGUGUGAGAACCCCAUAUUAACUAGAUUUUUGGUUCUAAAUUCUUCAACAAGCAAUGCUAGCAGCAGCAGCAGGAGCAGGGACAGGGUCAGCACUUCCCAUUGUGCAGUUUAAUCUCAUGACACACUUGACUCAAAAUAGAUCACCACCACAGACUACAGAAUAAAUAUUAUUGAUAUAUUUUUAUGGAUUAUCUUCUCCUCUAAGACGAGGUAAACAUAUGUUAGAACCAGGUUUGUUAGAAUAAGGGUAUUUUUAAUUACUGCACUCUUAUUAAAUAUAAAAAGAAAACAACAGCAACUUAAAAAACUAUCUAUAUCUAUCUAUAUAUCAAUAGUUGCUGUUGUAUUGAGACUUUGAGACUGAAGUGUGUUUCUAAUGCAGAACUGCAUUCACUACCUUUUUUUUAAUGAUAAUCACUCUCGCAAAGUCUGUGUGCCAUGAAAUCUGUUGCCAAAAAUGAGAACAGUAGGUCAAAGAUUAAAGAUCAGAGUCUUCAGGUUCACCUUCACUGUUAACACAGACUGUUCCCACUAAUUUGUGAAAUACCAAGCCACGCUGUACAAAUUCUAUUAAAUUAAAUACUAUAAUCCUAAUCCUAAUGUUGUUCACAGCAUUAUUCUUAAUGCUGAACAUUAGCAUUAGAUAAGUGUCACUUGACUGGCCUGUGUGCUUUUUGGGGUGACCUGGGUUGUGGCUUCAUGUUUCCUUCUGGCUCCUUCAGACUGGAAUAAUCACGCAGCUGCACAGGGAUGCAAAGGUGCAACACAUCUCGCAUUCAUAAUAAUCAUAUGUUAAAAUUCAGUGCAAUCACACUAAUUGUGAUUAAUUGUGAAUCAAGUAAUGUUCUUCACUGUCAUGUUGUAUGGUUUAAAUGGACUGUGGACGUACUACCAAGGAUAAUUGGCCGCAUUUUCACUGCAGGGACAAAUGAGUAUUACUAAAGGCUAAUUUAUACUUCUGCGUCAUGUCCAUGUGCUGUCUAUGGAGUAGCCUGUGCAAGCGCCCUGUGCAAGCGCCCUAUGCAGCUGUGUUUAUAGCUGUGUUUAUACUUUUGCAUGCGUAAAUUCACAUCUCUGCCAUUUUAAACCGCAAAAAAAGUGUGAAUGUGUGGUCGGAUAAGUGGACCAAUCACAGCUGCUGCUGUUCCUGACACAUGGGUACAUUUCUGGGGAGGUGCGCGUCAUUCUAUAGCAUAGGCUACGGUAUAGGAUCAGCAGCUACGCAUACAUUUGACGCAGAAGUACAGUAUAAAUUAGCCUCAAGGCCUUCAUUACUAUACUGCAUUGUAAAUAAGAUACUGUGGGGCAAAGCAGUAACAAUUAUGCUAGCAUGCUAACUUGUAGCCUGCUAGAUUGCAAAGCAGAGUAUAGUAGAAAAAAUACCAAACAUGUUCUCCACAGACCAAGAUAAAGUCUCCACCAUUAUUGGUACCGGAACUAAAAAGCCCCUGGACAUUGCAUCAAACAGAUAACGCAAAUGUGGAGCCAAUCAGCACAUAUCUACAUUAUUAGGACCCUCCCACUGAACUUGUCUGUAGUACCAAGUAUGUUUAGCUAGCUGUGCUGGGAAUACCGGACAGUUGUAGGUGUAACCGGCCUGAUUUGUAAGCGUUCCGUGCUAAAACAUGUCCGUUGUAGAAAAGUCACUAGAAUGGUUCCCCUGCAGUGGAAAAGCGGCCAAAGAAACACGUAGAAUUGAUCAUUAAACUGUCAAUCUUCACACACAACCUUCUCACAUUUACAGAAUGUUCUAUCCUCUGUGAGCCUCUGUGAGGGAUCAGUCUCACUGUCUCACUGACUGAUGGAAAAGUAGUAGAGCCUUUAGACCUGAAGUGGCUGGGUGACUUUAAGACCUUAAGUAGGGACGCAUGAGGUGAGGUGGGUUCAGGACGCUCGGCUUUGAUACACUGAGCACAGGCCUAAUGAAUACUGAAAAAAAUGAAGACCACAGAGGGGUGGCCCUCUAGAGAUCUUAUUAGCCUACUCAUAAAACAACUGCACUCCUACUGGACUCUCUUCUGAGACCACCUGCUCUGGAGUGGCAGAGAGAGAGGGAGGGUGAGUUGGAGAGAGCAGGAAUUAUUUACCCCCAUUCAUCUAACCCACACAGGACACACACACUCACACACACCAGAUACACACUAAUCCACAAAUAAACAGCCCCAUCUGGACCUGACAGGAAAGAGAGAGGGAUGAGAAGGCAAGCAGAAGACAGAGAGAAAGGCCAGAGCAGACAGCAGUAGGAACGACAAUAGGGGGGAAAGCCAUAGCAGACAGAGGAACUGGGGGAAGAAGAGAAAAAGGAAUACCUACAAAAGAAGAAAUGUGUGUGCAUGUGUUUCUGUUAAUUGUUCAUUUGUUUAGGCCCUAUUCUCCAAUGUCAGGUUAGGCUGAGUGUUGUAAAGCUCUCAGCAACACAAGCACAUUAAAUCACACUAAUGAAACUGCGCUGGGACAUGUGUGUGUUCUCUGUGUUCCUUUUGCAUAUUCUCAUACUGUAUUCUUCUCUGUGUGAACAACGCUUCGGUUGCCAGGAUGUUUCAAAACGCACGGUCCGUAAUGUUGCUGUAUAGGCUAGAUCAUUCAGGCAUUCACCCUCCCUGACCCCCCCCGGUACGUAAGGCGGAAUUUACAGUUUUACAAUCAGCAGCUCGUGUCACACAACGUCAGCAUACCAAAUCCGUGAUUUACUAUCACUGUAACUGCAGGUAGCGGAUAUGGUCCUGUUUCUCCUCGUCACUUUCUUCUCCUUUCUUUUAUGUUUUUUUUCCGUGUUUCUGUGUGGGUCCAGUCACUUGUGCCUCAGCGGCCCACAAGAACGAAUGUAACAGAUGCCUGCUAAUAUUGCUUAAUACCACCAAACCUACAAAUAAGAUGUAUUUUAUGCUUGCACAUAUACAGUAUAUGUUCAUUUUCUGACUAUAAAUACAACUGUGUAAGUAGUCCCCCAUUGCACCACUGUCACUUAUAGCAAGCAGAAAUACUUUCUUUUUUCUCUCUUUCUCUCUCUCUCUCUCUAUUUCUCUCUCUCUAUCUCUCUAUCCUGUGGACCUAUGCAGCCCUGAACCUCAGUCGUUUUUCUGUUGUAAAUAUGUUAUGAGAAUGCUGAAUUAUGUGCGUUUCUGUUUUAUUUCGAGGUUUCCUUGCGUUUGGAGUUGGUGUCCUUUUUUAUUCUUCUUUUGUAAGUGUCUGAAAUCAUUGGUUGGGUUUCAGCUGAGAUCUAUUCUGAGUGGUGUGGUUUAACCAUAAGGACUAUUCUCCGAAUCACAACCUCAGCACCUGAAGGCUGUGAUUAAAAAAAUAGUAAAAAAAAUCUAACAAAAAAAACUAACAAAAAAAAAGAUUUAAAAAAGGUUAAAAGGCAUAUAGAGGUUAAAAGGCAUAUAGGGAUAACAUUAUGACUAUGAUUAUUUAAAAAAAAGGAUUAUUAUACUACCGGUAUAUUGUAAUAUUAUAGAUGAUUUAGUUCAGUAACUUCUUUAAUUUUUUACAAACGACUUUGAUGAAUUAUUUAUAAAAACAAUCUCACGAUUCAUGAUCUUUUCAAAGGUAUGAAAUCUACUGCUAAAAUGAUUAAAAAUGUGUUCUGAUGAAAAUAAACACAGAGAUGUAAUCUGUU